AUGUUAGGUACUUCCCAGGAAGCAUCUGAAACGACCAUUGCUUCUGGAAUUUCUACCAGGGAAAAUGAAAAUAAAUCAGGCUGUCCAGCACCACUUCCACCACCUCCAGUUUGCCAUGGUCCACUGGGAGAAGAGAAAUCACCUGGAGACACAUGGACUGCUAAUUGCCACAGAUGCACCUGUACCAAUGCUAAUACGGUGGACUGUAAACCCAAGGAGUGCCCUUCUCCCCCCACAUGCAAAACUGAAGAGAGGCUUGUAAAGUUCAAGGAUAAUGAUACCUGCUGUGAAAUUGGAUACUGUGAACCAAGAACAUGUUUAUUUAACGAUACCAACUAUGAGAUUGGUGCUUUCUUUGAUGACCCCAACAACCCAUGCGUCUCCUACUUCUGCGACACAACUGGGUUCCGUGCAGUGGUCGAGAACUGCCCCAAGCAGACCUGGUGUGCAGAAGCGGACCGAGUCUAUGAUUCAAAAAAAUGUUGCUAUAAAUGUAAUACUAAUUGCAGAUCUUCACUCGUCAAUGUGACUGUUAAGUACAAUGGUUGCAGGAAAAGACUUGAGAUGGCAAGAUGCGUAGGGGAAUGCAAACAAACCAUCAAGUACAAUUAUGAUAUCUUUCAGUUGGAAAAUUCCUGCCUUUGCUGCCGAGAAGAAAACUAUGAGUUCAGAGACAUCAUUCUUGACUGUCCUGGUGGCAAAACCUUGUCUUACAGAUACAGGCACAUCACAGCAUGUUCUUGCUCAGACAAGUGCUAUCAAUCUUCAUCCUCAAUGAGCAAGUAAUGUUAACAUUACCUUUCCAGUUGUAAAAGGCGGGUAUUUAUUUUAUAAGUGAACAAAAAUCAGCACUCACUUGUGAGAAUAAUGAAACACUGUAUCUCUAUCCAAAAGUGAAUUCUCAUUAUGAGGCAUUUUGUUCUUUUGUUGACUGAAUCUGGAAAAAUAAAUACAAUUUU